AUGGCACGGAAAGGCAUGGGACAUGCGCGCAUGCGCCUAUCACGUGGUUCAAAGUGGUCCUACGAGGUGACAGUGGUGGCAGUGAGCAACGGUGACAUGUGUCUGUGUUGUUCUCUUCUCCCUUCAUCCGUUUUCCAUCUCCCCACACCAUGCCCCCAUCAUAUUCUGACAAGGGUUUGGGGCGGUACUACGAGCUGGACAGGAGUGGACAGGGGUUUGGGGCGGUACUACGAGGUGACGGUGGCAGCAGUGAGCAAUGGCCAUGUGACUGUAUCGUCCUCACACAGUGCUGCUCUCUCCCCAUCCCAGCGCACCACCGUUGUGGGAUGGCUCGCUCAACAGCAGCAGCAGUCUCCCUUGCUGGGAGUUUUUGACAAUUCUCAAAAACUCCCUGCACCAUCAAUGACUUCAACCCCACCUCCUUGUGCUCGCCCCUGUUCUCCAUCUUCCCGUUUUUCCCUCUCCUCCCCUUGCUGUCCCCUCUCUACCCCCUGCACCAGACGCACCAGGAGACGCGGGCAGCAUAGCGGCGUAGAUGGUGACAGCAGUGGUGGGGUGGACAGCUCUCUCACCAUCAAGGUGUCCAACCCCACCACCUCCUCAUGCUCCCCUCUUUUCCCCAUCCUCCCUCCCGUUCCCCCUUCCUUUUUGGCACUCUCUGCCCCUUUUUCCCCUCUCUUCCCCUCUCUUUCCCCCCUUCCUCUCUCUUUGGACCCAUGCAGACGCCCCGGGAGAUGCGGGGACCAUAGCAGCGUGGGUGGUGACGGUUGUCGUGGGCUGGAUCGCACUCUCCACAGCAGCCGUCUCCCUCCCUUGCAGUCACCAUCAAAGAGUCCGACCCCACCUCCUCCCCAUGCUGCCCCUGCUUCCCCAUCCUCACCUGUUCCCUUCUCUCCCCGUUUUUUCCCACUCUCCCACCCCCGUUUCCCCCCCUCCUGCCCCGUGUUCUCCCUGUCCCUCUCCCUCUCCCUCUCCUGCACCAGACGCCCCAGGCGAUGCGGGCACGAUAGCAGCGUGGGUGGUUACGGCAGUGGUGGGGUGGACUCCAUGCCGUUAGCACGCCCGUGCAAUGUGUGUGUGAGAGGCUCAGCACUCCAGUCAGUCACCAUCAAGCAGCCCACCAUUUGCGAGAUGGUGACUGACUGGUGCAGCCCGGUCCGGCCGACUCCACCUCCUCCUUGCCCACCAUUCGCAUCGUCUCGUCUCAUACCGCCCCUUCCGAGCUGUCGUCUCCCCUCCAGGAGCAUUCGGCGCAUGGCCCUGCAUCUGCAAGUGUUUGCUCUCACGCAGAACCUAGCAGUGCGCGUGCUGCCGCUCUUCUACCGCCAGCUCACAGGGGGGCUGCGCUGGACCUACUUCUACCUCCCCGCGCCCUUCAGGGGCUCCUUUGACGGCUGGAAGGGCGUUCACACCUCUCCCGUUGACACACCCGGGCAGGACAACAGCACCGCCCCUCCUUCCUUCGCGUCCCAUGCCUCGCCCACCCCGCUUUCAACACCGUCCCCCAUCCCUCUUUCCCCGUCUCUCCCCUCUGAGGCGCCUCAAAGAUCACCCCGCUUUCAACACCGGCCUCCAUCCCUCUUUCCCCGUCUCUCCCCUCCCACAUACCAGGCUAAAUCUCGCCGCCAAUGCAGACAGCGCUGCCUCAACCCCUCUUCCAACCCCCCUCAGCCCAUCUCAACCCCUCCGUCCCUACCUCUAACCCAUUGUUUUUCCCUCCCCAUCUCUCCCUUCCGUCCCACCAGGCACUACCUUGCCACCAAGACGGAUAGCUCUGCCGCCUCUUGCUCUCUCAACCCCUCUCAGCCCUCAGUUCCGACCUCUAACCCAUUGUUCUUCCCCUCCCCAUCCCUCCCCUCCCUCCCACCAGGCACUAUCUCGCCACCAGGACAGACAGCUCUGCCGCCUCCUCCCCCUCCUUCAUCCCCUCUGACUCCACACAAUACAGGCUCUCUUCCUGGUCAACGCGUGCCCUUGAAACCCGCAUCACUCCCCUCCUCCUUACCCUCCACCCUUCACUUCGCCUUUCCAUCCCAUACUCUCCUCCCGUCGUCCCUAUCAUCUCAUCCGCCCACCCACUAUCACCGCAUGCUUCAAGAAACGACCGCCAACACCACCAUCAAAAGCACUGCAAGCGGUCACCGUGGCUUCAACGCAACUGCUCUGAUAGGGGGCGGGGCAGGGGGGGAUGCAGCAGCGGUGGCAGCAGCAAAGGGGUUUGACCCGACGCAGCUGCCACGGCUGAGCGAGGAGUAUGAGUACAUGCAAGCGUGGGGCGAUGCUUACUACUCGCACUUCCCCAACCUUUUUUACUCCUACCAUGGUUCUGCACGGUACUCUUCCGGUUCGCCCUCUUCUUCUCCUCUUUCUCCCUCCUCCAACUCCUCAUCCAGUGCGCUUGGCACCACUGCCGCCACCACUGCUUCCACGGCCUCCUCCACCCGCCGCGCCUGCAGUUCCUCCUCCUUGCGCUCUCUCUCCCUCUUCUCUCCUCCCCCCCAAUGGCUCAACCGAACCCAGCUUCUCUUUUCUCUCUCCCCAUCCCUCUCCCCCUCCCUUACCCCCCUCCUCCCCCCCCACCCUGCCAGCUUUGAGCAGUUCUGCACGCACCACUGCCGCCACCACUGCCUCUCCGGCCUCCUCCACCCGCUGCACCUCCAAUUCCUCCUCCUCGCACUCUCCCUGGCCGGCAUCUCCUGGGGCUGCACGCUGCUCAUCCGAGGCAGCAUGGAGGCGGGAGGAACGUCGGCUGGGCUGGCCGUGGGGGUCAUCGUGCUGUGCUUGUGGCCGGUUCUGUUCCUCAUCUUCUCCUUCUCUGUCGUUUGGUAUAUCGUCGUUCAGGUGGGUGCUGUUGGGUUCAGUGGUUUGAGUUGGGUUGAGAGUGGUUCUGGUGGGUUCAAGGGUGGGCUGACGGUGGGAGUGAUCGUGCUGUGCCUCUGGCCGGUUCUGUUCCUCAUCUUCUCCUUCUCGGUCGUCUGGUACAUUGUUGUCCAGGGGAAAUUCGCACACUUCUUCGUGCGCGCGAUGACCGAGCCGCGCAACGAGGCGUGCAUUGCCUCCUUUGCCCGCGCCUUUUGGGCCGUGCUGCGGCAGAAGCGGCUUAUAGAACCAUCUUCUCAAGUGCUGGUGGGAGCGCUGGUGCUGGUGGGGGCGCUGGUGGGGGCAUGGAGUCCGACAGGCAACGCCAUUGCACAGCAAGCGUGUCUGCUCACCCUCUCCGUGCUGCACCUGCUCUUCUUGCUCUUCCUCCAGCCCUUCACGGAGAGAGGCCUGCAAGUGGUAGAAGCAGUGAGCUCAGGGGCAGAGGUGGUGCUAUCCGCGUGUGCGCUGGCCACGGCCAUCGAUUGGGACAUGUCCUCCAACUUCUCCACAACUCUCUCCCCUUUCCACCCUUCCCCCUGCUCCACACCCUCCCCAACAGCCCUUCACGGAGCAAGGCCUGCAGGUGGUGGAAGCAGUGAGCUCAAGCGCAGAGGUGGUGCUGUUCGCAUGCGCAUUGGCCAUGGCCAUCGAUUGGGACAUGUCUUCCAACUUCGCUGGCACUCUCGGGCUCGUCAUGGCUCUGUCUGUCGGCCUGGCCUUCGUCGGCCAACUGUUCAACCAGUGAGUUCUCCCCUAUCAGCUGCUGCUGCCUUGGCUCUCUCCUCGCCUGCAUGUGGACGGGCAAUGCCAUCUACUGGGACAGUGAGUCCUGCUCUAUCAAAUAAAUCACAUGCUUAG